GCCCUCCACCCCUCGCUGGCAGAGCCAGGACUGCAUUGGUGGGUGGGCUCCAUGAAGACGAUGUUUUUUGGCUGCUGCCUCCGCUGCUCUCUGCUGGCUGCUGUCAUUUACAGUUCCGUUUUCCGCAUUCAUGAGCUGCAGUCAGUCCCAUUCAGCGUGCAGGGCCCCCCUGACCCUGUGGCCGUGGCUGUGGGGCAGGACGUGGUGCUGCCUUGCCACCUGUCCCCGGAGCAGAGCGUGCAGCACAUGGAGGUGAUGUGGUUUCGGGACCAAUUCACACCCUUCGUGCAUCGCUACAGGGAUGGCCAGGACCACUAUGGGGACCAGGAGCUCCGGUACCAAGGGUGCACGGAGAUGCUGAAGGACAGCCUCGCCAAUGGCAGCGUGAACUUGAGAAUUUUCCGUGUGCAGCUGUCUGACAGAGGGCGUUAUACCUGCCUUGUUCGUAGUGAUUUGGGAUACGACGAGGCUGUGGUGGAGCUGAAGGUGACAGCCAGCGGCUCAGCCCCGCUCAUCGCACUGCAGCGCUACCAGGACGGCGGCAUCCGCGUGGCGUGCCGCUCGGCAGGCUGGUUCCCCCAGCCACAGCUGCUGUGGAGGGACCCCCACGGGCAGUGGCUGCCCUCCCUCUCUGAAAACAUCACCCAGGACGGGGGUGGCCUCUACACAGCAGAGAGUGUCCUCAUCCUCGCUGGUGGUGUGAGCCAGGAGCUGGCCUGCGUGGUGAGGGCUGCGCUGCACAACCAGGAGAAGGAGUCCGCAUUCUCCAUCGCGGAUCCCUUUUUCCAAAACGCCAGACCAUGGAAGAUCGCUCUGAGCGUGAUACUGGUUGCAGUGGUCGCUCUCUCCAUCGUUGCUGUUUAUCUGCUGAAAAUGAAAGGAAAGUACGAGAAAAAAAUAGCAGCACAAGCCGCAGAGCUGGGGGACCGUGACACCAAAAUUGAGAAACAAGCUGAGGAACUUGUGUGGAUAAGAUACGCAGUGCCAAUUGAAGACGCGGAGGUGGUUCUGGACCCAGACACUGCCCACUGCGACCUGGUCCUGACUGAUGAUGGCAAGAGUGUGAAGCGCACGGACCGACGCCAGGACGUCCCCAGCCGCCCCGAGCGCUUUGAUCCAUGGCGCUGUGUGCUGGGCUGCAAGGGUUUCACAGCAGGGAGGCACUGCUGGGAGGUGGAGGUGGUGCUGGAUGGAGGGGGGUGGACCGUGGGGGUCUCUCGAGAAGAUGUGAGGAGGAAAGGGGAGAUUGAGUUCGGCCCGGAGGAGGGCAUCUGGGCUGUGGGGCAGUGGGCAGGACAGUUCCAGGCACUCACAUCUCCACAGCGCACGCUCCUUCCUGAUGUCUGCACUCCCACACGGGUCCGGGUCGCUCUGGAUUAUGAAGUGGGCCGGGUGGCGUUCUACAGCGUGGAUGAGGAGAUCCCCAUCUUCACAUUUCCACCCGUGUCAUUCCAAGGGAUAAAAGUCCACCCCUGGCUCUGGCUGGGUCCUGGAACACAGCUCAAAAUGUGGCCCUGAUGAAGAGGAGGAGGAAAGCGAAGGCGCUGUGUGGGAUUGAUCCCUACUGCUAAACCAACCAGCCUAUAACAGUUGGAUUGAAUUUACCAUCUCCAUCUCCAAGGGUAAAUGAUGUUACCUCUCUGGACCUCUGUCCCAGGGCUGUUUAGGUUUAGGUAUAUGCUUCAUCUGAGGCCAGAUGUGCUGUUAUGCUAGCUCCUUCACUCAUCUGAUGUCCAGCAGGCAUGGACCUUCCCAAAUGAAGGCUUUACCUGUAUUGCCAAGUGCGUUUUUUUAAUUCCAAAAAUGAAUGAGAAUACACUUGUAUGUGACCCAAAUAAAGUCUGUUCACGCUUA